CUUAUUUCACCGUGUCCAGUAGAAUUCGGUUGCACUUUAGUUUAGUCAGUGGUUGAGCGCACUUAGAGCCCCAAAAAUGUCCAUCGACUUCAAAAUUAAUGGAAAGUUCUACAAAGUUUCGCUGCAGAACUAUCCAGUGGACAUAACGCUCAACACGUUCAUUCGGCAGCAUGCAAAGUUAUCAGGAACGAAGUUCAUGUGCUUAGAAGGUGGUUGUGGGGCAUGCAUUUGUGUUAUUAAAGGACGUCAUCCAGAUACUAAGGAAAUGAAAAUGUGGGCAACUAAUUCUUGUCUAACUUUACUAAACACAUGCGAUGGCUGGGAGGUUACUACUGUUGAAGGGAUCGGAAACAAGAAAGAUGGAUACCACCCUAUCCAGACCCGUUUGGCCCACCUAAAUGGUACACAAUGCGGAUACUGUUCACCCGGAAUGGUAAUGAACAUGUACGGGUUGCUGGAAUCCAGUGGCGGAAAAGUCUACACGGAUGAAAUAGAAAACUCUUUUGGGGGAAAUAUUUGUCGCUGCACUGGCUAUCGACCAAUUCUAGAUGCAAUGAAAUCUUUCGGAGCUGAUUCCACGUACUGUAGUGAUAUUGAAGAUCUAAAGAAAAUUUGUUAUAAAACAGGCGACCAGUGCUCCAAGAUAUGUUCCAGGCCAAAUAAGAAGGUGCAUGUGAUAUUUGAUGAUAAUGUCGAAUGGGUAAAAGCCUAUUCUGUUGAUGAUAUUCUGGAGGUGCUCGAUAAAAUUGGGAGCAAAAGCUACAUGCUGGUUGCAGGGAACACAGCGCAUGGCGUUUAUCGACGAUCCCGUGAUAUACAAGUCUUCAUCGACGUCAACCAUAUUCCCGAAUUGCAUGCCCAUCACAUUGAUAAGGACGAGCUUGUGUUGGGUGGAAACUUAAGCCUCACUGAAACUAUGGACAUAUUACGGAAGGCUUCCUCGAAGCCUGCUUUCGAAUUCUGUAAGAAAGUUUGGCAUCAUAUGGAUUUGAUUGCAAACGUGCCUGUUCGAAACAUGGGUACUCUAGCCGGAAAUUUAUCAAUCAAGCAUGGACGCAAUGAAUUCCCAUCCGAUAUUUUUAUAUUCCUUGAAGCACUUGAUGCCAAAAUCGUUGUUAUGGGCACUAAUUCCAAGCUUUCCAAGGUCUCUGUUAUGGAUUAUUUGCAGAUGGAUAUGCAGAAAAAGGUCAUAAUCAAACUAAUACUUCCUGCGAGACCAGUGACGGAAUACAUUUUCAAUUCGUAUAAGAUAAUGCCUCGUGCCCAGAAUGCUCAUGCUUACGUGAACGCUGGCUUCCUUAUGCAGAUGUCAGGGGAUACAGUGAAAUCUGCACGAGUGUGUUUCGGGGGCAUCAAUCCCGAGUUUACGCAUGCCGCCGACACUGAGAAGUUCCUGGCAGGAAAAAAACUUUUUUCUAAUGAAACAAUUCAAGGAGCAAUAGCAUUAUUAACGAAGGAAAUCAAUCCUGACUGGGUUCUCCCUGAUGCAUCACCUGAAUUCCGUCGAACUCUAGCUUGUGGGCUCUUCUUUAAAUUUAUCCUAAGUGCUGCUCCCGAAGAAAGUGUAAGGGAUGAAUUCAAAUCUGGUGGAGAUAUACUGCUUAGACCACUCUCAAAUGGUAUCCAGACUUUCGAAACUCGCAAAGAUAUGUAUCCAGUAACUAAACCGAUUGCUAAAAUUGAGGCUCUAGCGCAAGUGUCAGGUGAAGCCUUCUAUAUGAACGAUUUACCUCCAACGCCAGGAGAAGCGUGGGCCGCUUUUGUUCAUGCGACUCAAGCUAACUCGAAAAUUGCGAAUAUUGAUCCAACCGAUGCCCUCAAAAUUCCAGGGGCUAUUGCUUUCUACUGCGCUAAAGAUAUCCCCGGAGAGAACACUUUUAUGAUAAAAGGUCUAAUGGGAAUUAUGGAAGACGAGGAAAUAUUUUGCAGUGACACAGUUAAGUAUCAUUCACAGCCACUUGGUGUCAUGAUUGCUGAAACUCCAGAAAUAGCUAAAAUAGCUGGCGAUAAAGUUAAAGUAAUUUAUGAAAAAAUGGAUGGUUUGAUUAUGCCUACAAUGGCAGACGUUUUUGAAAAUAAGGCAUUUCACAGAAUCCACAGUAGCAAAGUAUUCAAGCGAAUAAACAAUAACGAGGAGAUUAUCUUGAAGGAAUCCAAACAUAUCCAGGGAUUUUUCGAUUUAGGAAGUCAAUACCAUUAUACUAUGGAACCACAAACUUGUGUUUGUGUUCCCAAAGAGGAUGGCAUGGAUGUGUACUCGGCUUCGCAAUGGAUGACAUUGACACAGUCUGCUAUCUCAAAUGCCCUUAAUAUUAACAACUCCAAACUAUUUUUACAAGUGCGACGUCUAGGCGGCGGUUAUGGGUCAAAAACUUCGCGGAACGUUCAAAUUGCAUGCGCAUGCGCUUUAGCCUGCUUGCUGCUAAACCGCCCUGUCAGAUUCGUUCAGAGUCUGGAGUCUAUGAUGAAUUCUUUGGGAAAACGAUUUGCGUGCCACUCCGACUAUGAAGUAGAUGUUGAUGACAAAGGCAAGAUUUUGAAACUGCAGAAUGUAUUUUAUGAGGAUUGCGGAUCAAGUAUGAAUGAGAGUCCCGUCCAAUUUCUAUCCACCUUGACUGCAUCCAAUUGCUACGAUGUCAAUGAAAAUUGGAAAAUCGAAGGCAAAGUUGUAAAAACUGAUGCACCAAGCCAUACAUGGUGCCGGGCACCAGGGCCACUAGAGGGAAUCGCUAUGACAGAGAAUAUUAUGGAACAUAUUGCGUAUGAAACUAAACAAGAUCCGGCUGAAGUCAGAUCUACAAACAUGAAACCGAACAGUAAGAUGGAAACAUUACUUCCCGAUUUUCUCAAAUCAACUGAGUACCAGACGCGGAACAAAGAUAUAAUAGAUUUUAGCAAGAAGAAUAGAUGGCGGAAACGUGGUCUUGGUUUAUCUAUAAUGAAGUAUCCUAUGCAUUACUUUGGAAUGCAACCAGCAACAGUUGCUAUUUACCAGGGUGAUGGAAGCGUCUCAGUAAGCCAUGGAGGUAUCGAAAUGGGUCAAGGAUUAAACACCAAAGUAGCCCAGGUUGCAGCUUAUACUCUUGGCCUUCCAUUAGAAAAAAUCCGAAUUCAUCCGACAGACUCCUUCAAUGGUGCAAAUGCAAUGGCUUCCGGUGGUAGUUUUGCUAGCGAAACUGUUUGCUAUGCAGUCAAGAAAGCUUGUGAAGAAUUACUCGAGAGGAUGGAACCUUUCCGUGAAACCCUUACAGAUUCGUCGUGGUUAGAGUUAGUUCAGAAAUGCUUCCAGUCACAAGUGUCACUUACAGCAACUCAGACGUGCAAAGCGGGUGAUUUACAGGUGUACGACGUUUGGGGUUUGUGUUUAUCUGAAGUUGAAGUAGAUAUUUUGACUGGCAACUUGCUCAUAACGCGGGUGGAUAUUUUGGAGGAUACGGGCGAAAGUUUGAGCCCAUCUAUUGACGUUGGUCAAAUCGAAGGUGCCUUUAUAAUGGGAGUGGGCUAUUGGUUAACAGAAAAAUUGGUCUUUAAUCGUCAGACGGGCGAACUUCUUACAAAUCGAACAUGGAAUUACAAACCCCCUGGAGUAAAAGACAUACCAGUAGAUUUCAGAAUUACACUAUUGCAAAACAGCCCUAAUCCCGCCGGCUUUUUGAGAUCUAAAGCGACUGGUGAACCUGCUAUAUGUCUCUCUGUAGCGGUUCUUUUCGCCUUAAGGCGUGCAUUGGAGUCGUCCAGAGCAGAUGCCGGUUUACCAGAAAAUUGGUUUCAUCUAGGUGCGCCAACAUCUCCAGAAGAAACACUCCUGAACUCAGGAACGUCUGUAGAAAUGUUCAGUUUACAAUGAAUUAUUUUCAUAAUUUUAAUUUCAAACUUUUUCCAAUAUAGUUGUAUUUCACACUUCAAUCCCUCCUUAGCUACAUCAUGGUAUUGGUAUGUUUGUAUGAUUUCAAAUUUACAGAGAAAGUUUGCACAUACUGUG